AGAUCACCUUAUUUUAACUAGUCUGUACAUUACUAACAAAGCUAUUAUAAUUAUGUUGCAAUAAAUGUCAUGUAUUUGUUUAAAAAAUACCUUCAUAAGUAAAACACACAGGGAAUACUAUGAAUUGAGAACAAUAACUACAAUGCACCAUUACCAAGUAGGCUAUAAAAUAAUAUUUAUCUGAUACUUAUGUGUGAAGUGCUGCAUGUAUUAGUAGUUACUCGUUAUAUUUUUAGAUAAGUUCUCCACACUGACUGAUGACGAGGUGUUCGUGUUGUUCUGUUUUCUGUGCUCUGACUCCGGUCCUCCUGACUUCACUGACACAGAGUGGCUGGACAUGCUUAAUGAGAUACGACAGGGAGUGUACCAUAAUAGGAAUCCUGUAACACGUGAAGAGGCACAGCAGACUCUGGACAGACUGAAGUCACGUGAUUACCUUUGGGAAGAUCAGGACAAGAUAACGAAGGACAUAAAGGAUGAGACAAUGUAUAGGAUAGCAUCAAUAAACAGUUUUAUACAAUUCCUUUGCAGUAGUUAUGACACAGCCAGUGUGUACCUGAGAUCAGGGAGAUACAACAGAGAACCUGGAGAGAAGUGUGUCACUAGUCCUCUCUGUGAUGACUUACUGAUACUCCGUCUACAGAUGAACAUACUGACUCACGUCACCAUGGAGGACACGAGUAUAUAUGAUGAGAUACACCAGAUAUUAAAUAUCCCAGAAAAUAAAAUGAAGAGCAGUAAAGAUGGACUAGAAGAAUUUCUAACGGAUCUAAGAAGAGAAGGGGAGGCUGUACAUUACAGAGGAAGAUCACAGGACAGUGUAGAUCACCUGACAUGGCUCUGGAGACACGGGAGACCAAGACCUGACAUCGUGAGAUCCUGUAUAGGUCUACAUCCACACAACGACAUUUACAUCAUCGACAACAAAACCUAUAGAAAACCAAGUAAAAUCCAUAGCUAUGAGCCGGAAGUCAGAUGUCAACUUUAUUGUUUACUUAUGUCUGAUAAAUAUCGGAUUAGUGUCGUUGAACAAUCACACAGAAUCACAAAGGACAAAAUCAGACAGAGGUAUUUCCCUGAUAUUACUGAUGACGACUUGGUAGAUCUUCCUGAUGAAAUUACAGAAACACGUGACGAUGUGAUAACCUUUAUAUCAGAUUACAUCCGACAUGACGUCAUGUACGCCUUUGUUACGGAGUGUCUGGUAAAGGACAGUGAUCUGGAGUUUUUCCUGACCACGGCGUCACGUGACGUGAUAUCAGAAUACUGCCGGUCCUGGGAGUAUGAGAGGAGUGAGGGAGAGAGAUGUCUGUAUGUACCGGACAGACCGGAGAAGAUGUACGAGCUCUUCAUAGGCAGUCUACAGUUGGACAUCAUCUCAAACUGUACCAUGUCUGACGAGGGCAUCCAUAACAGGAUCAUUCACCGUUUAGGAGUCCCAGGAGAAAUACUAAAAUGGGACCAGGAGGCCAGAGAGCGGUAUGUGGAGUAUGCUAAGAGAGGAACACAGACAGUCCACCACGCCCGGGGGAUGAUUGUAGGAUGUGCUGGGGCGGGGAAAAGCACUCUACUUAAACGUCUUCUCAGAUGUAGUGAAGAAGAGAUUAAGGAAGUAAAAUCUACUGAGGGAUUGGAGGUGCAUGAGGAAAUAUUUCAUAUAUGUGAUCAAACAAAAUCACUAAAAGGAAGAGCCCGGGUUAGAGAUAUUUUUGAGAAGAGUGAACAAAAGAGGAGUGAACCCUCAGUUAAGACACUAACGUUCUUUGACUUUGGAGGACAGUGUGCUUACUAUGCUUGUCAUCAGAUUUACCUGACCAGGAGAGCCUUUUAUAUUGUGGUUGUAGACGCCUCUAAAGACCUUGACAAGGUGGUAGAUAAGAAGGUGUGUGACCAGAUGGACACCGUGUUCUCUGGAUGGACAUACAAAGAGUAUUUUGUAUUUUGGUUGAAAUCUAUCCACACCUAUUGUUCAUCUGUAAAACAUGGAAGUGAAGAUAAGGUAGAAGUACUAAUUGUAGCAACGCACUGGGAUGAAUCAGUAUACAAGAACAAAGAUUUCCUUUUGCAAUCUUUAUACAACGCAUUGCCAAACGAUUCUGAUACCACCCAAUAUAUAAGAGAAGACAGAUGUUUCCUAACACACUUUCCACCCACUCAACCCUUGACUGAUCUGGAGAAAUGCAUCGUAGAUAUCACAUUAAGGUCUAGGUGGAGCGAGAAAAUUCCACACGAAUGGGUUUUCCUUAAUGAUGAAAUCAAUGAAAAUGAAAAUCAGCCGAUAUUACAAUUUAAAGAGCUGCAUAAAAGGUUGCCCGUCAAACAUCUUGACAAAAGGAAAAAUGCUGUUGACAUGCUUCGAUACUAUCAUGAUGCUGGAAAAUGUCUCUUCUUUAACGAGGAUGGUCUUCAAAAAUCAGUAAUCCUAGAUGUCCAAUGGUUUAUAAACGCAUUCAAAACCAUCAUUACAGACAAGUUACACGUGAAAGGGAUACAUGCAAGUAAAAUAGACUGGAAGGAAUAUUACGAAACAGGAAAUCUGAAAGAUACACUUUUAGAAGGAAUCUGGGAACUAGAGGAUAUGAAAUCACAGGUAUUAGGAAGAAGCGGUGAAAUUAGAAGAAACGGUGGACAUUAUUUGGAUCACAAGACAACCUUGCUUAUGUAUAUGAUGAGGCUAGGAUUGAUAGCCGUCGGAAUGGAAUGUCAUUAUGUGCCUUCUAUGAAUAAAAAGAAAUUCGAUAAAGCACAGAAAGAGUUUAUCCAAUCUUCUGAGUCAAAAACUCCGGUUUUGGUGUUCCUAUUUGACUUCCUGCCUUUUUUUUUAUAUUACCGCCUUGUUGUGACAUUAAUGCAAAUAGAAGAUUUGGAGGUCCUUAAAAGUAAAGGAACAACAUGUCUGUACAAAAACACAGCAAUGUAUAACUACAGGGAUCAUUAUCUGGUAGUUGCUGUUACAUGUAACUCUAUCCAGCUUCAAAUUUUGCACUCUGAAGCAGACGGGUGUUUGGAAAAAGAAAUCACAGUAGCAAUACGACAAGGCAUCGACGCAAUUUUGAAGGAUAUCACAAAUACGUUUCACAAACAUCUUUCGUAUACAGUAGGAUUUACUUGCCUUGAAAAAAAGAAUCAGAUUAUUGGUAUAGAAAUCGAUGAUAAUUUUAUUGAGGAGAAAAAGUUGAGGACAGGUGCCUCAAUGAAUUGUCCUCUGCACCAGUUAGAUGACCGCCAUAAAAUCAAUCCUGAUUUUUUGACGGAGUUUUGGAGGUAACUUAUAAAUUCCGAAGAUAGGUCUGAUACUUUUCUUGGAUCCAUUGCCUUAAAAAUAGUUAUACAUGUAGUUUGCAAUGUAUUUUUUAACUACCGGAAAAAUAGGUUAUUGUCCAUUUGGAUGGAUCGACCAACAUGCCAUUUAAAAAUUUUGACAACGUAUUUUUAUUAUAAAACUAAUAUAUUGGGGUGGUAUAGCACUGCAAUGAAAUUUAAACUCCAGUGUAAAAAAUAUGUGUGAGAAUUGUUUGUGAUAACUUUUAAUUCAUUUUUUUUUUGUA